AUGAUGUCCCCUUUUUCGGUAAUCUGCCUGUUGGCGCCACUUGGAACGUGCUGGAGAACACACCUCUUGGAGUUACAUUGUACAAAGUAGACGUCAACAAUCUAGACACAACGGACACAAUACAAUAUGACGUCGAAUAUAAUCCAACAACGGGAUCCUCAUAUUUUACAAUUAACGAAACAAAUGGAGAGAUUACCACAUCUUUAACGAUACUCGAUUAUGAGACCGUUCCUUCUAAACAAUACCAGCUGAUCAUCACUGCCACAGACGGAAAGGACACCUCGACCGCCACCAUGUCCGUCUCUGUAGCAGACGAGAACGAGUCGUGUUCCUUCCACCAAACUCAGUACUCGGUCUCGGCCGAUGAGGGAUCGGCUGGGACCUUAUUUUCGGAUGCUGGAUUUGUGAUCGCAGACGAAGAUGCCGGUUCUUCUCACACCUUCCAGCUUAGCUGCGGAGUAGAUUCGUGGAGAUUCUCCAUUAAUUCAAACUCAGGAAGAGUGUCAUAUUUUUAUUCUUAUGACCUUGACACAGAGAAGAUUUCUAGCUACACAUGUAAGGUGACAGCAACUGAUACAGGAAGUUUAUCAUGCACCACUUCUUUGGUGAUCAGCAUUUCGGAUAUAAAUGAUAAUUCUCCAGCUUUUGAUUCGUCAGAAGUCCCCAUUUACGUCACACCUUAUGAAACGGCCGGAAUCGCUCUUGUAAAUGUCACAGCAACGGAUGCAGAUGUGUCAAGCUAUGGUGACGUCAUAUAUAGAUUGGAUAUGUCAACAUAUAAUUUCCAAUACUUUGAUGUUACAUCUUAUGGAACAAUAUUCGUCAAUAAGGACUUGACAGACUUUGUUGCAGGGGACACGCUUGAUUUAACUUUGUCAGCCAUAGAUUUUGGAGGAAAUCAAGGAACUGUUAAAAUAAGAGUUGUAUUUUAUGAGCUUAAUACUACGACAACCAGCACAACAGAAAUGCCGGAGAAGUUUAUCACGUCGUCUUGGAACGUCGUGUGGUUAACGUGUCUGGUAGUUUUGAUUGCAACAAUGGCAACACUCUCUAUUUUCUUUUUCUUUACGUAUACCACACCUUCAAUGAAAGGAUUGCUAAAUACAACGGCUAAAAGAAGAAUGAAAAGAAUGGACAAGAAGAUGAAAGACACAAAAACUACAAAUAAAUCAGAGAAAGAAAGAAAAGAAACUAGUCAAAUUAAUAACCAGGAGAUUACAAGCUUAAUUGAAUCGAAUCACCAAGAAAGCCUGAGAGAUGUGCAGUCAAGUCCGGUACCUAAAGGUGUAUUCCCCAGAAACUAUGGAGAGGAUUUACCAAUUAUGUCAGAACACUUCGAUUUUUGGAAAUAAAUUUAAGAUACUCCUAGCCUAAUGUAAAGUAUGCCACCUUCUCUAAAGGGGAAAAUGGCAUGAAAAAUGAAUAUUAAAUUAGCAUUUAUAUUUUCACUUAUUGUCUGCUUGAGUAUCAAAUGCAGAAGAUAAUGUUUUUUAAAAGCGUGUCCAUUGUAAUUCAAUACAUGUGAUGUAGUUAUAUUUUCAUUGUGAUUGUCAUUUUGAUUUUUUGCUAAAUCAUCAUAACAAGGGUUCUAUUUUUCUGUGGAAACGAGAAGAAAAUACAAUUUCAUUUCUGGCGGAAGUGUUCCUCAGUAGCGAACUAAGGAGUUGAUCUUAACGUCGUGGGUUCAAAUCCAACUGCGGGAAGUGGAUACCGUUCUUUCGGAAGAGAUCAUAUAAGCUGAUGUCCAAUGUUGCAGUUGGUGCUGACAUGUAAAAAAAAAACAUACUGCUCAGUUGGAUUUAGUGUCGAUUGCAGCCCUCCACCGGCAAUCGUGGCGAGACGCCUGAAAAAUUCUAGGAAGGGGCCUUUUCAAGCGAACAAAUAGAACAUAUUUGAUCUGAAAUUCAGAUAUAUUUAUUUUCCUCAAAAAAUUAUUUGUUUUCAAAUAAAAAAAAUAGUUACAUAAAUUUCUAAUGACAGUUUUUAAAACUGAAGACCAGAUCCUAAUGGCAAUCAUACGCGUACUGUAAACCUUCAUUU